GUUCAAAUUUUAUUGUAGUUGUCACAAUCGAAAUGACAAGUAAAGACUCUGAUUUUGUUGCAGCAGUUAAUUUCAUGUUGGAACAAUGUCGCAGCACUCGACGUAUCAACUCACUAGAAGAAUUCGAGUCUGCUGUGGUUGUGGAACUUUGCGAACAAAUUCUUGGUCGAUCAAUUCAAGGUGUCCUCCGCGAUGCGAGUGGGAGUAGUGAUGAAUCAUUCAAUGUUCAACUUGUAGUGGACACCUUGGCUACAGAUGUACUACAAACAGACCUGAGUCAUAUAACAGGAGAGAACGUCGUUGCUAAAGACAAAACAUCUCUAAGAAAUCUGAUUGAAAUAUUUUCGGUGUUGAUGGAAGUUCUGCUGGAAGCAACAGAAGUUGCAACUGGGCAGGGACAAUCCCCAAACGACUCAAAUGCUCUAUCUUCUGAUGCAAUGUCUCUAGUGUCUAGUGUACUACAAGAAGAACUGGGGCAUGGCUACAGACGUGAAGCAUUGAAGUGCUUGAGACAGACAGCAGAGAGAAAAAGGAAUUUAGUUGACACCAGCAGUGACACAGAUUUAUCAUCACCUUCUGCAUUUGCUCAAUCUGCACCUGAAAGAGUCCAAGUAAUUUCUAAAGUGAAGUCACGAAAGGAGCAGCUCAGUAGCGGUAGCAUCUCAAGUUCUUGGCCUGAUUCUGAGCAAGAAGCUUCCGUGGCUUUAGGGCACGCCAUUCAACAAGUGCCAUCAGUUAGUUCAAUAACAUCUGACUUGUCAGAAAAUGCACAACCAUCAAUCAGGAAAACUAUCAGUGGUGUUGUUCGACCUGUUUCUAGUACACCAAGAAAAGCAUCACAGGCACUUGUUCAAGAAGAAAGAGAACAACAGUUUGCUGCUAAUAAUGCAUUGAGUAGAAACAAACAGGAGAUGACAGAAUUAGUCAAUGAAGCACUUGAGGUUUCUUUAUCACAGCAUACCUUAUCUUCCUGUGAAGGCUCAACAUCAAGUUUGAUUUGUUUGGAGCCGAAACAGACUUCAGCAAACAAGUUCAUUGCAACAAAUGUUUCUAAACUUGCUGAUGUACAUGACACAACUAACCAAUUCCAAGCAAGCCAACAACCCAAUACAAUUGAAGGACAUCAUUGUGAAGAUCAGUUGCAGCCACAGACAAUUACUGUACCUCAAAUUGCACAACAAAGAGAAACACAAAGUAGUGCAACUCAAACAGAGAUCACUUCAAGUUCUGUUCCUGAACUACCACCCAGCCAUUUAGACGCUGACAUUCAGAAGUUUAACAGAGAAGUAAAUCAGACACAGGCAUCUACAAGUGAAUCGUCAAAGAAUUCUUCCACUAGUCAUAGUUCCCACAUAAUUGAUCAUGAGACUUAUCAUAAAUCAUCUUCUGUUUCUCGUGUGCCUCCUGACACCACAACACAUGCUCAACAUAUUGUAGAUGUAUCUUAUGGUAGCAAACAUACCACAGAUGUACAUCGAGUUUCUCAAGUCACAGUUGAGCCAUCAGACAAAAACCAAGAGUCUGAACAAUAUGUUCUAACAGCAGAUAAAGAUGAUUUACAUGUUGGUUUCAGGGAAGAGUCUCCUAGUGUGCAGUCUAACCCUCAAACUUUAGGUCAAAGUAUUGCUGCGGAAACAAACACUAUGACUAAACUAAAACAGCUAGAGGCUGCAGUUAAGAGAAGUGAAGCUGCUGGUGAAGUUAUUGAUCUUCUUGAAACCAGAAGACAGUUGUCUUUUGAAGAUGCUUUGCAAAGAGACAGAACUGCAGUUCUUAGAAAAGUAUAUAAUUGUUUGUUGAAAGACUGUGAACAGCAACAGCAGGAGAUCAACAAGCACAGGCGCAAAGAGAGCAAUGAAAGAAAAAAGCGUCGAGUAGCAUUUCAUGCACAUGCUGGCACAAUAAAGCCAACAAGACCUUCACGAGCCAGUACAAGCAAAAGAUCUGGCCACGCACACUUGAUUGCAAGUCAGAAGACUCUUGUUUCACCUUAUUCUCAGGCGGUGGUAGGAACAAAAGUUAGACGCCAAAGACAACCGAAACGCAGUUCAACCGACACUCCCUACUGUCCACUAUCAGGCAGUUCUAAAGUUCAAGUCAGAGAUAAUGAACUGCUACCACUCUUAGUUGAUGAAUUUCCAUUUCUUUAUGUGUCACGAGCUACAGUACAGCAAAUGUGGAGAAAACAAAUGAAAAGGAUUCAAGGCAUAACUCGCGCAGAACUGGGUAGAAGCUCUAGUGCGAAGGUCAUUGUUCAGUUAGAGGAGGCUGAACAUAAGCAGAGAGCUCUUCUUAAGUUGAUGAAAAAAGAUGUUGACCACACUCGAAGAUUGCAUGAACAGCAAGAGAGAGAUCGCCAGAUGCAAUACGUGAAAUCAAGGUUACAAGAAAAGAGGCAAUCUUCUGCUAGCGCCAAACGCUACUAUGAUGACUAUGUGGUUCAAAUGAGAACCAGACAGAUGAAACGAAGGACUAAAGAGGAGCAGAUAUUUAAGAAAUUGUUUGAAGAUGGACUUGAGAUGCAGAAAGCUCGUUUGCGUGAGUUGAAAGAAUAUUAUAAAGAAGGAAGAGAAAAACAAGCCAAACAACAACAAGACGAAAUAGAGUCUCUAGAAAAUUACUACAAAGAUCAGUUUGCUAUGUUGGCCGAAAGUAUAAUGGAAGAGAGGCAGCAGAUGCAAAUAAGAGAAGAUGCUCAAGCCAAAGUCGUUGACAAAAUGAAGAGAGAACUUCGGAGUCGCAUGGAGAAGGAAAUCAAAGAAAUACAGGAAGCAAUGAUUCGAGACGAAGAUGAUGCUUACUUCAGACAGUUGGAUGCUGAUCGGCUUCGUCAACGUCUUCAGACUGUCUAUUACCACACGAAGCUGUAAUGUAAUUCUAAAUUUGCUGAAUUUGUGUUCUUUUACUGGUGGUGGUGAUUGAGACUUCUCUGUGUCUAAAAACGGUAUUACAUUG